AUGUCGAGCGUCAAAGUCACCCGUCUCCGAAACUCCACCUUUGGCCGCGCCGAACUCUCCCGAUCUUCUCCUCGAUACCGACCUGGUCGACAUCGACACCGCCGCGAAUCCGCCAUGGCCGAAGAGGAGACAAGCUUGGAGGAGGCGGAGGAGGCAGACAACGAGUGCUCGUCCGGCGACUCCAGCUUCUCGGCAAAAGAAGGACGCCGUCUGCAAGUCGGCUGGGCGGCGGAGGCGGACCGGUACGAGAGGGAGCGGCGGCGGUUGGAACGGAAGCAGACGAUGGCUGGGAGAUGUCAGGAGAGGCCUCACGGUGAAGGAUUCGUGGUCACGGACAUGGAAAUAGAUGCCUCUCUCCCUUGGUCGGCGGAGCGGGUGGAGCGGGCGGAGCGGGGUGGGAUCGCGAGGUCCGGCGGAGGAGGAUGGAGGAGGACGGGAGACGUGAUUCAGCCAUCAUCAAUCAUCCAUACACCAUUCGAUGUGGCCAUGUCGAGAGAAGAACAGAACAGAACCGCAACAUCAACAAAACUCCCCCCAAACACCCGGGCAACCCAAACCUCUCCCACAAGACCUUUCAACAGGAAACCUCCGAUCUUCGUCGGCGAUGGUCGUGGCUCACACUCCGAGGAGGUGUUGAUGGCGGAUGCGCAUGAUGAGAGCGGAGAGUCCGAUCGUGGUCGGCCAGGAAAACCACCAGUGAGCACAAUGUCCAAGACUAUAUCCAGCAUACCAACGCCAACUCCCCGGGCCACGAACGACGCGGAGCUCUUCGCCGCUCUGCUCGCGAUGCAGAGAGGUAUGCAGAAGCAGCCGCCGGCCGGGAAGAACGUGGUUCCGAGGAUGCAAAAGAGCAAGAUAUGCAGGGCGGAACUCUGCAACGCCAUGAUCUUGGCCAGUAACUCGUCCAACAACGAGGAGAUUGCGGUGGUUUUUGAUCCUCCCCAUCCCACCGAGUCGAUCGCCUGGGCGCCGGCUUGGAAGCAGAGCGACGAUGACACCGCCAUCAGCACGACCGCGCCGCCUGGUCCGCAGACUCGUUCCAUCACCGACCAGGCCCGAUUCUCCGAGAUCGUCUCUGGCGUCGGUCACCGCAGCUUCGCACUAUCAUCCCAUGAUGUGGACGAGCUACCGGCAAAGACAGUCGGACACCACCCAGCUCGCGACCAUGCUACCGACGAACAAGCCGCGCAGGGCGAUCUGCAUCGUCUUGCCUGA